CUAUUCUAGCCUGUGGCGAUGUGCAUCCUAAUCCAGUACCAGCUUUGAGUAGUUCGAGAAAACAAGUUGGGGCAAAACUGAACAGUUUAAGAGCGUUGUAUCUAAACGCUCGUAGUCUAAAGGCAACUGCAGAAUCCACGGACAAGGCAAAGAAAACCAGCAAGUUGACCAUUCUUCAGAAUCUUGUUUAUCUCGAACAGUACGAUAUCGUAUGUGUGUGCGAAACCUGGUUAAAUGAAUUAAUUCUUGAUAACGAAAUUCUACCCGGUUAUACCAUUCAUAGAAAAGACCGACACGGGAACAUGAGAGGUGGUGGAGUCCUUGUAGCGGUAAGAAACGAACUGCGCUCAUCUCGAAGACUGCUAGAAGAUCAACAAAGUGAACAUCUCAUGAUCGAACUGUAUCCUGCGAACUGCUCGAAAUUCCUUUUAAGUCUCUUCUAUGGACCACCAAAUUCUGAAGAAGAUAUACUAAUCGAGUUGAGAGACUCUCUUGAUCUCUCUUGAUGAAUCAUGUCAACUUGUUAUGGUCGGUGAUUUUAACCUACCCAAUAUUGACUGGUCAUUGGACUUUCCUUCUCCCACAUCAAAAGGCAGUUUCAAGGAGGAACUUUUUGCGAGAUUAUUACAGAUCAAUUCCUCUAUCAAAAAGCUGUCGGUCCGACACACCUGCGUGGUAAUAAAUUGGACUGUGUAUUCUCGAAUUCUCCGAAGCUCAUCACGAACGUGAACUGCACAAAUCCAACUGAUCUAUUUCCAACUGAUCAUUACCUUAUCGAGUUGGAUAUCAAAGAUUGUUUUCAAAAAGCAAAAUCGAUAAGACGAACAGUGUAUGACUUCAAUAAUGCAAACUUCGACGGUGCUCGUGAACAUCUAGUGAAUGUCCCUCUCGAUUCUGCGAUAUCCGAUAAUUCAUAUAUAGAUGAAUGUUGGAAAGCAUGGACAGAUCUAUUUCUCACCGCAAUAGAUAAAUUUGUAUCGAAAAAGACAGUCGUUGACACCAACACACCACCUUGGAUAGACCGGGAUGUUAAACACAUGAUUAAGAAGAAAUACACAGCUCUACGACAAUAUCGUCAGAAACAAACGGAAGACGAAAACGCAAACUCCGUCAGUUGACACAGGAAACAAAGGGCUUGAUUAAACAAAAACGCCAUCAAUACAUAGAAAAAGUUCAAGAUUCCCUCGCAAAAUCGCCUAAGUUAUUCUGGUCCUAACACAAACAUAUCCUCCGCAAUAGAAAUUCCCCACCUGCUAACACGUACAACAACUCAACUGCAACAACACCACACAAAAAAGCAGAACUUUUCAACGCAUUCUUCGCCUUUGUUUUUCUUCCGAAGUCUUCUUCCAAAGAUGUAAACCUGAACAUGACACCAAAAACUGAAGAAAUAACAUUUGAUAUUCAGAUCUCGCAGAAUGAAGUUGAGCAGUCCCUUAACCAUUUGGACACAACUAAGGCUUAUGGCCAAGACGGAAUACCACCACGUCUACUGAAAGAAUUCUCAAGAGAAAUCUCGACAAGCCUCUGUAGUUUGUUCAACAUGUCCUUAACAACAGGCCGCCUACCUAUGGAAUGGAAACAUGCGAACGUUAUACCCAUCCACAAAAAAGACUGUGUCGAAUCCGUGACCAACUACCGUCCCAUUUCCCUUCUGCCAAUAACAUUUACCCCUUUGUUCGUGUACUGAUCAAUAAUGUCCAACAUGGCUUCCUAAGAAAUCGUUCAUGUAAAAAUCUGGACCAAAACAAACAAAUCGAUGUGCUAUACCUAGAUUUCUCGAAAGCGGUCGACUCUGUAGAUCAUGACAUCAUACUUCACAAACUACAAAUGCAUGGCAUAAACGGAACGCUUUUACGAUGGUUCGAAAACUACUUGAACGAUAUAUGGCAGCGAGUUGUCAUUGAUGGUGCAGCCUCUACAUGGUCUCCAGUAACAUCAGGUGUACCGCAAGGCAGCAUUCUGGGACCGUACGUUGCUCUUUGUCAUAUUCAUAAAUGAUCUUCCCGAUAAUGUUUCACACAGUACGAACUCAGCACUGUAUGCAGAUGAUUCAAAGUUAUACAGAGAGAUAAAAUCGGUAGAAGAUUGCCAGUUCUUGCAAGACGAUCUUGCAAAACUGGAAAAGUGGAGCACUGAUUCAAAAAUGCGAUUUAACACUGAAAAGUGUAAAGUGCUGACAAUAUCAAGAAAGCAACAUCCAACGCGAUUUCCAUAUCGCAUAUAUGGUAAUGAAUUAUCUCCUUGUCAAGUCGAGAAAGAUCUUGGUAUGCUCGUGACAAGCAAUUUGAAAUGGGGCCCACACAUACUCAAGAUGGUGGCGGAGGCAAAUAAAAUGCUUGGUAUCCUCAAACGCUCAUGCUUUGACAUUAACCACACCCAGGUCAGACGGACCUUAUAUCUAACACUAGUUAAAUCUCAACUUGAUUGUGGGAGCGAGGUAUGGUGCCCUCCUAACAACAGCUACUUAUCAAAGAAAAUCGAAGGAGUUCAAAGAAGAGCAACGCUGUGAAAUACUAAAGAAGAAACGCGGAGAACUAAGUUACAAGCAGCGCUUAACGCAACUUAAUUUAUUCCCGUUUGUAUACGACAGAGGACAGAAGGACUUGAUUUUUUUCUAUAAAUGCAUGUACGGUCUCACAGAUUUUGACAUAUCGCAGUAUGUUGAAGGUCUUUUUGUUGGUCUUCUGAGAAGACAAGCAUGCAAAACAAGUACAUUUCAAAGUUCGUAUUUUGUUAGAAUUGUUAAACUGUGGAACUAUGUUUGUACGUCUGCUCCUUCGUAUUGUUAUGUCACUGUCUCCUCUUUUAAAUCAUACUUGCGCAAGACUUACAUCCACCUCACUAGUACUUCCUACACUCCUGACUUACCUAGUUCACACUCACUUAUCACGACUCAAUAAAAUAUCUAACAUUUCUCUCUUUGCCUUUUCAUUCUCUCUGCCUUUUCAUUCUCUUAGUCUUUUCAUUUAAUCUUCCUUGUCUUUGUUUCUUGUCUAGUGGUGAGGCACCUUGCAUGGGACAUAGUCUCGUUUGUGUUUCGCCUCUUUUGGCACUUUCCUCGUCUUCUUGUACAAUGUAAUUGUCCGUUUAAGUUGUGUAAAUAUUCAGUUUUUUAUGUGCCAAAUUGAAGUUGUUAAAAAAUUUUGAAACAUCGUGGCGACGGACACACACGCACACACACAAUGAUCAAACCUUUUCCCAGAGGUAACAUGGAUAAUAAAUAUUAGUAAUAUAAAAUAGGUAGACGCCAACUCCAUGAAAGAAAGUCAACACAUAUUGACGCACAUGAAUAUAUCAUACUGACUACUUUCCCAAAAUCCUUCAUCACAUUUAACACAAUCACUUAGAGUUUUCAAUUUGUGUCUACAUAAAAGCCAUUAAUGGCCAGCACCUUCCCUAUCCUUUCUCGGUCCGCUUUUGCUAGUUUGUUUUAAUGUUGCCGGAAACGUUCAGCAUUUCAAAAUGUGUAGUUGGCAUAGAUCGUCUUAUCUAGAUUCUGUUCAUUGAGACAUCAAAUAAACAGAGAUAUUUUGGAAACAAAAAUAUUAGAAAUUAUGGUUGUAUUGCAGAUUUAAGAGUUACGUUCUUUGUAACUAGGGGAACUUAAAAUCCAUUACUAAUGUUCUCUAAACAGAUUAGAAGCGUUACUUCAUGGCAAAUAUAGUCGUCUUGUUUUGGUAUAUACCCUAGCUAGCUGUUCAGAAUGAACGACGUUCAGUUUCGCAUUGUCCAACAAAUCAUCCUAUAUGUACAGUGAAAUGUAGAUAGAGGGGGUUGUUCAUUGAUUAUUGACACUUUUCAUAUUUCACAGAUCCACAGGACUGGGAGGAACAGAAACUCGUGACGCUAAAGCAAGUUUUAUUGGAGACGUUUUGAAACUUUUUUCACAGGACGAAUCUAGCCUGACUGUUUUUGACAAUUUGUGCAAAAGGUAUUAUUUCUGAGUAUAACUUAUAACUCUUUUUGUAUUUACAUUUUAUAGUUAUAAACAAAGUGCUAAAAGUAAAAAAUCUUUUUUACUCUUGACAUAUACAAGGUUGCGUAAGUUUUUGCGAGACAUGGCGGAUGUUCGAGGGAGGGGGAUUCACUAAUUCGAACAACGCCGGACAAUGGAGGGGGGGGGAGGGUGUCUGAAAAUCCAUAAUGUGACUGGACAUCCUUUGUGAAUGGCCCCUAACCAAACUUUUAAACUCGUGUCUAAAAUUAAGGGCACUAUUCACUAAAUUUUGCCAUGAAGAGAUCAUGAAUUUAGUCUCGAUUUGUGAAACUCUGGCUUUGCACUUCUCAUACCAAACGAGCCAUCAUUGCACAUGUUGCCACGCCUCUUGCGCCGGCUCCGCGAUCAAUUUUUCGAUUUUCAUUAUUCUGCUCACUCUUGUCGUAUGUGACUGCUAGCGACGGACAUCGUUGCUCUGCACCUCGUCGGCUAUCGGCUGAUAUAUGACUCGACUUUGCAGAAUAACUGUUAAUUAUUAGUGCGCCCAAGACAUAUUGAUAAAUUCAAGUCAUUAAUCUAAAAGCAAAAGGUCAUUACGUUGGUUUGCAAUAUUUCGUGGCUUCAGUCAAAUGAAAUGCAAAAUUAAAAAGAAAUCAAACUGGUCAAAGGUAAACAAAUUUUCUUGGACUGCAAAGGACUUUAAUGACAACGUGCGAACACUAUAAAUUUAAUAUCAUAAAGCAUUCCAAUAGCGUAUCCUGUUGCGUACACGCGAUACCGUGAAACGUAUUUCUUUUCAAAACUUUUGGAAAUGUUUUCUUAUUUUUACUCAAUUUCAAGAAAACGAUAUUGAAGGGACUAUCCCUGCUGUUUGUUAUAGGAACAGUUGUAUUUGAUAAGCUCUCUUUGAGACGCAAGAAAUUUAAAACUAAUUUGAUGUUCGGAUACUGAAAGAGCAUACGCCCCCUUACUUGCAAAAUCUUUUCUCUCUUCGUGGCACGAGGUAUAAUUUCAGGAAUUCUGAAGUCAAAGUAAACUUACCCAACUCACCCAAGCCGCGCACUAAUUAAUUUCCUAAAAAGAAGCCUGAGUUACAGUGGGCGGGCACGAUUGUGGAAUAGUUUACCGCAAGUUAUACCCAUGAUUCCACUACUUUCCUAAUUUAAGAAAUGACUUUUAACAAAUGACUUUUAUAAUAAUUUUAGCGGUAUAUAUAGUUACGCAGACUCCCACACGGCAAUCUUGUAAACCAGUUAAAUGUUUUUCUUUUCGUAAAAUGGUGUAUACUGAAGGUUUUACCGUACGUGGCGUUAUAAAAUUUUAUUGUAUUGAAUUAUUGUAUUAUUGUAAUGAAUGUAUUUUAGCACACCUUGCCGAAAUUUAUGAAUUUUGGGCGAGGCGGACCCUGCGUCCUCAUGCUGAUUUUCUAUUUUGAACGAGACGCGUGCGUUAUAUGGUGUGAUAAUAGGGAGCCUUAAGCAGGCGAUGUUAUUGUCAAUACGGUCGUCAAAAUAAGUCAGAUUGUCGAGGGGGACUGGUUCAAAAACUGUUUGCAUCAGUUUGUGCAUGUAAUCAUUCACACAUACGACAAAACAUAAGAUUUCUCACGUUUUUUUGCUUCCUUUCACGAGUGCUAUGAUGGAAAUUGGCGCCAAAAUUAAAUCUACCCAUUUUCGGGCGACGUCCUUGUUGACAAAAACGUCGCUUGUAAGCUUUCUAAUGCACGAGAAAUAAGUUGGGAGAACACGAGAAAUGUGUAUUCCCCAAGUGUAUUGUCACACCGCAAACGCAGACGAGGUUUUAAUUUUUAUUUAUUUUAAUAAUAAAAGAACCAGUAAGCAAUUUUAUUUGAAAGAUCGAUUCUGGAAUUCUCCUAACAUGUAAUCAGCGACGACACACGCACGCUUUUUCUCGUCGCCUAGCACCAAGAUUGAAUUUUCACGCGGGCAAAGGCACAAAAGCAUGGCAAACUUUGGAAGUUAUAUGGUUACUUAAUACACUGGGGGAAAAUAUUGGAAAAUCACAAAAACAACCCACCCUGACAAGGAGACGAACUUCGUGUUGUUUUGCUACAUCUUACAAGCCGGAUUUGGUACGAAAUCCGUAGAGUUCGAGUUUUUUUUUUUUUAAAUUAUUAUUAUAUAUUUCUUUUCUAAUGUUUUUGUGUAUUCUUGUAGCUUUUCGUAGUUUUUCUCGGCUAGUUUAUUUCAGACUCAAAAACAGCUGCGAAAAUUUCUUUGCCUUUCCUGUCCCAUUGUAUCUUGUUGACUACUAUUGCACUUCAUUUUCGGUCUAUUCUUUCGUGUUUCCUAGUAAAUAUGGGAUUAAAUGGCACUGUAUAAUUCCUCUUACAUUGUUUUACCAAGAAACCGUAGACAAACCGAGAAUAAUUGAGAAAUCAAGACAGUGCAUUAUUAUAUUUUCCACCUGUUAUGUCCCACUUAUAUUAUAACUAGAAAUACACGCAUGCACAAAUCGCUCGCCUUGGCACUAACAAAAACUGAAGCACAAACUUGGCUGUGCUCGACUCAUUCCACGAUUUUUCCGGUUUCUGAAUAUAAUGUCUUUCACCCCCAUAAAUUUGUGAAGAGAUAACCACGAUGAAACAUAGCCACGCGCCCUCCCUAUUAUUGAUGAACUUUAGACUUCGCUAAUGCUUUCCUUUAUGGUGAAAAUAGCCAAGCGGAAUUAGUACCCUCGUCCCGAGCUUACGCAUUUGGCUCGGGGAAUAUAUUUAAUAUGUCCUCAGGGCUACAACUUUGGUUUGAAAUUGAUUUUAAAUACUUAUAUUCUUAUUUAUUUUUAAUACUUAUAUAUUAGUUGUAUUUUUUUUAGAAAUCAAGGGAUUUGGGACCAUAUAAAAAAUGACGAAGAGCUAUUUAAGGAUAAUAUUCAAUGUGUAAAAGAUGUUAUAGAAUUGUCUUUCCUGUUGUCAAAGAAUUUGUCCAAGAAAAGUGAAAAAUAUUGUGAACGGUUUCUGGAAGGUCUUACGUCCUCCUUGUUUUUCAUCGUCGUAUUGCCGCAGUUCGUUCAAAAUAAUGCCAGUGAACUGAACAGGUAGGUGGUACCCAGCUAUUGGUGCAAGAAAGUUAGUGCUUACAAACUUUUCCUUGCUAAUGAGUUUGGAGAUUAAAGUUACGGUUAAUUUAAGCCAGGCCUGUUUAAUGAGGCAUACUGUAUAUAUGAACUGAUUCGCUGAAGUGUUUGAAAUGCCUAUUGGCUGUACGUUUUGGACGAAGUCGGGAAUUGGCGUGAAUGGAGAAUAAGCCUUAUGAAAUUAUUAACGAGGUUGAAAAAUACAGUGGACUUACAAAUCGAUAUAUAGUAUACAAAUACUAAAAGUUCCGUUGAGGCUUGCCCGAUGAUGUCUUUCAAUUCUGGAUGUUAUUUUGCUUACACUGGCACUGUUGUUCUUAGAUUUAACAUAAUAACAUGUUUAUGUGCAACAGGAACAAGAUCGGCAUAACACGGAUUAUUGUAUUUGAAGUGUUAAUUUCUAUCUUCAUUCCAGUAAUGCAUGCGUAGGCUUCCCCCUUGAAUACGCUCCAAAUCGUUCACUAUGUAGAGAAUUAGACCAUCCCAGAUUGGUGCAGCAGAGUCCAUACUCGAGCAGCGGUCGUACUUUAAUGCAGUAAAUUGCAAUUCCAUGAGAUGAUAUAAUCUUCUGUUUUCUUUGCGUGUAAUUUCUUUAAUGUAAGAAUUCCAUUUCAGAUUGCUUUAACCAAGUAAACCAGUAAAUUGUGACUGUUAAUAAACCGUCAAUAGUUGUGACUGUUAUUUGUUUAAAUAAUGUUUUGAGGUGCUUUUUUGUGAAGAAGUUUUACAAUUGGUUGAUAUCUCUAUUUACCAGUGACGACAGCGAGAGAUUGAAAUCACUCCUGGUAUUAAUGAUACAGUUUUCCCCUCAAACAGCAACACAAAUAUGGAACGUGGCGGAACAUUUAGCCAACGCCAUCGAAGACAACUCCAAAUGUCAAGGUGUGAAAUAUUUGGUGGACCUUGGAAAGGUAUUGGCAAAGAAAGUGUCAGGAUUUCAAGAUGUCGACACAACUAAUUGUAAAUGGAAUGAACUUCCUACUAUUCCAACGGAAAAGGAAAUCUUGGCCGGUGAGUACAAUGUUAGAUGGUGUUAAAACUACGGUUAUAGGGUUAGGGUAAGGGUUAUGACUUACUUUUAUUAUCACACAUACCUUACAAUUUGUGCAAACUGUUUUGUGGGUCUUACAUGAACUACUUACCGCUCCACGUAUACGCUAUCCGCCGAAUUAUAAAUUUUGAUCCGUGGGCCCCUGAAGUAUUCGUGGUUGAAAUCGGGACGUCAAAACAUAACAUUCCUUUCUUUGUUCUAUUUUUUAAGUCAUUAUUUUAUAUUUCUUUGCAUUUGAUUGUGUUUGCUGCAUGAUGAAAAAGUUUUCGAUCUGCAUGUACUUUCACAAAGUUCGUUUCUUUUUGUUCAGAUGUUUGCAGAGCGAGUUAUGUCUUUCUCUUUCGUUUUAUAAUUUUUUAUAUAAUUGCACGUUGGAAUGUUCGGUAUGAGAAAUUUCCGGUAUCGGUAUACCGAAAAAAUUAUACCGAUAUUAUCGGUAUACCGGUUUUCCUUUGAUAAUUAUAAAGGAAAAUUCUUUAAUGGGAAUUUGAAGGAAAUUUUGAGUAAUUCUAAAAGAGAAAACGAUAAUUUCGAAGCUGUUUCGAACAUGUUUCGAACGACACGUACUCAGUGUAAAAUCUCACCGAAGUGGAAAUUCUAAAUCAUUGCAGUAGAAAGUUCUCUGAAUUGCCAUUCAGUAGUAAGAUAAAGGUUAUGGUUUCGCCAUAUAGUUGGUAAAUUUAACACGAUAUACCGAAAAAUUCCGAUAUAUCCGAAAUUUCGGUAUAUCGGUAUGGUUGAAUAUCCGGUAUCGAUAUACCGAUAUUGUUUUAAUACCGAUAUUUUCGGUAUAUCGGUAUACCGAACAGUCCCAGUUGCACGUUUUUGUAUACCUGGAUUAAACAACUUUCCGAUCGAGUGUUUGAUAUUACGUUUAUUAAAGGGAUACGGCAAUAUUUUUUUUAUUAUUUCAUUUUAAAGAACUUUUAAAAUUAUAUGUUAAUUUCCUUUACCGAUUUUGCGUAACUUACUUCAGUAACUAUUUGAAAUAAAAAACUGUCUGACAACUUUUCAAACAACACAUAAUGUUAUUUGGUCAUUUAGAUGUAGUUUUAUAUUGCUAACCCUGCUUAUGACGUCACUAAAAUCACCGAUAAAAGGCGAUAAUGAAAUAAAAAUUAAUCCAAGAUGGCGGACAGCAAAUUAUUUUAAGUAAAAAUAUUUCAAGAAAUAAUAUAUGAUUUUGGGCUCACAGUAACCAAUUGCUCUAUGAAUAAAAUUCUUGCGUGACCCUGCUUAUGAUGUCACAUGCAUAUCCGCCAAAAUCCAAGAUGGCGGAAAGCUCGCUGAUUUGUGAUUUUUGCUGUUCAAAUAUCUCAAGAGAUAAUAAAGUUACGUAAAAUCGGUAAAAGAAAUUAAUAUAAUUUUAACAGUUCUUCCAAAUGAAAUAAUAAAAAAUAUAUUGCCAUAUGCCUUUAAAAGUCUAUAUUUAGUCACUACUUAAAGAGAAAACUGCAUGUGCAAAUUUGGUUUAAUUAGUCGCUGGGCAGAGCCCGCAGCGACUCUAGGUUUCGGCACGCAUUUGUGUCGGAUCUUGGAUCGUUAGCCACAAAAUGACAAUUACGUCAUUAAUAAAAAAUAAAAAUUACGUCAUUACUAUUCGUCGCUGAAUUCAAGAUGGCCGCUUACUACGAGCGAAUGGUAUCAUCGAUUUUGUACAUAUUCUUUUUAUUUUUCCGAUGAACCUUAAAAGGUUUCCGAUGAAACAGGCUUUAUAAAGCGAAAGUCAUUUUAUGUGAGUAAACUUGGAAGGCUACAAGCUUGAAAUAGAGGACAAGUUCACAAUUUUCAAUUUUACAAAGUUGGAACUUGGAACGGGGGUCAACGGGCCGCAACCUUUGUAAAUCGCAACAAUAAUAUUCGCAAACUGCUGUUUAUUUGGGUGCUUUUUUUACGGCUGUUGAUGCAAAUAAUCCUGUUACGGAUAGGUGGUCAAAAGAACAUGGUGUAGCCUAACAAGACCGAAAUACAACCACAGUGAUCAUCAUUCAUCACUACUUGUGUGAAAUUUAAACUUUGCCGCUAGGUGUCAGGCUUUUAAAUCUGUAAUAUUCCAGUCAUUUUAUGAUCAAUGUAGUGUGUUUCUAACGCCGAACGGGAAAAUGUUGGAGCCACAGUAAUAGACUCUUUCAAGGUCAAGAUGCCAUAAUGAAACACAAAGUGUAAGGGCUGCAAACACAAUGGAAAUUCCUACUAGUAUUAAAAUUUGCAAGGUUGUGUAAACACAAUGGGGUGGGGGUGGGGCUAUUGCCGAUAUUUUUUAGCCCUGGGGUGAGGAUUUUGACAUUUUCUAUCAUGGGGGAUUUGGUAGAUUUGCUGGGAAACUGAUAUUUAAUUUGAUUGCAAAUGGCUUGUGGACAUGCAUAGCCAUUUUCUUCCCAGAAAUGGCUAAUACCUCGGGGAAGGGGGGGGGCACUGCUGGAAUUGACUGAUACAUAAUUAACAAUCGCCAUUUUGAUUGGUUGUUAUUUUUGUGCAUCCCAAUCACUGUCCACUUUUUAUUGACUUCAGUAACAGGCUUACCCUGCGAGCAAAGUCCUCAUGUAUUUCUUCUCAGCACGAGAGAGACUCUGCAGAACUUGUAUAUAUUCUUUGUGGAGCCGACAAUCCAAAAACUUAUAAUUAUGAGUAAUUUCAGGUUUGAUACCAGUUUUAUAACCGGUUUUGAUCCGAACCGGAAACUACUUAUUAAAUCUUCUUCUGGGAAAUAGGCAGUUGCUUAGCAACCUUCACGCAUGCUCAAAUGAAUUUAUACACAGUUCUGCAGAGUCUCUCUCGCUUCUCCGUGCCGUGCCGAGAAGAAAUCCGAGAGGACUUUGCUCACAGGAUAUAACAGGCUCUAUUUCAAGCAUCGAGCCUGACACGCAAGCUACCUUGAAAGGGCCUAUUUGGCAACUUCUGUUGUGGUUACCCAGCCUGAGGCAAAAGUAAUAAAUUAUGAAUUGUUAUAAAUGUUCUGUGAAGUGCACAUAUUUUUCCUGCAGUUAGGGACCAGUCCUUAUUUAUGGAAGAGGGAGGGGGAGGCAAAAGGUGGGGCCAUGACCCCAUGAGUAUAAAUAAUUUACUAGAAGGGGGGGGUGGCAUUAAAUUUUUUGAGAAAAUCAGUUGAAGGGUCAAAAUGUGGAGUUGCAAUAAAUUUGUUUAAGCCUGGUUUCCAGUGUCCUCGAAGUUGGCCUAAGCCAGAUAAAUCCAAUAAAUGAUAUCAACCUCGUACCCAGCGCUUCUGCGCUUAUACACUGCUCUCAGAAGAGAGAGCAAUAAGCGCAGAAGGCCUGCGCAGAAGACCUUAUUUUAAUAGCCCCAGCGACUAAACGCUCAACAGAGCGUCUUGUUUAAUAUGGAAUUUCUUUCGGCAGUUCUCUCAUAUCCAAACACCGAUACAAUGUUGUAUUAUUUCGUGAGUUAAUAAAUUUUUGUUUAUUUUUUAGCAUUUGAUCUAAAAUCUCUCGAAGCCAUUAAACGCAAAACACCCUACACGUCCACCGAGGAAUAUUUGGAUAUUAAUUACCGAUUACUUCGCGAAGAGUGCUUCAGAAAUUUAUGUGAUGGCAUUCAGAAUUUUCGCGAGAAUCAGAUAUGCGAUGCUCAAAAAAUGAAAAUGUACAG